AUGCCCCGGACACUGAGCGCCUCCAACAUGGUCACCCCGGGUAGCCUUGGCCUACCCCCUGCUGGGCCCACAGAUGGCGAGCAGGCCAGGCAGCCCCUCCUGGACGGAGCUCCAUCCUCGGCCUCCCUAGACACCCUGAUCCAGCACCUGGUGCCCACGGCAGACUACUACCCUGAGAAAGCCUACAUCUUCACCUUCCUGCUGAGCUCCCGCCUCUUCAUCGAGCCCCGGGAGCUCCUGGCCCGGGUCUGCCACCUGUGCAUUGAGCAGCAGCAGCUGGACAAGCCGGUGCUGGACAAGGCUCGGGUCCGGAAGUUUGGCCCCAAACUUCUCCAACUGUUGGCCGAGUGGACGGAGACCUUCCCGCGGGACUUCCAGGAGGAGUCGACCAUCGGGCAUCUGAAGGACAUGGUGGGCCGCAUCGCCCCCUGUGACGAGGCAUACAGAAAGAGGAUGCAUCAGCUCCUUCAGGCUCUGCACCAGAAGCUGGCGGCUCUGGGCCAGGGGCCGGAAGGCCUCCUGGGCGCAGACAAGCCCAUCUCCUACAGGACCAAGCCGCCGGCCUCCAUCCAUAGGGAGCUCCUCGCCGUCUGCAGUGACCCCUACACACUGGCCCAGCAGCUGACCCACGUGGAGCUGGAACAGCUUCGACACAUCGGGCCUGAGGAGUUUGUCCAGGCUUUUGUGAACAAGGACCCUCUGGCCAGCACGAAGCCUUGUUUCAGUGACAAGACUAACAACCUGGAGGCUUACGUGAAAUGGUUCAACAGACUGUGCUACCUCGUGGCGACUGAGAUCUGCAUGGCAGCCAAGAAGAAGCAGAGGGCCCAGGUGAUCGAGUUCUUCAUCGACGUGGCCCGCGAAUGCUUCAACAUCGGCAACUUCAACUCCCUGAUGGCCAUCAUCUCCGGCAUGAACAUGAGCCCUGUCUCCAGGCUGAAGAAGACCUGGGCCAAAGUGAAGACAGCCAAGUUUUUCAUCCUUGAGCACCAGACGGACCCAACAGGGAACUUCUGCAACUACAGGACAGCCCUGCGCGGAGCAGCCCACCGCUCACUGACUGCCCACAGCAGCCGGGAGAAGAUCGUCAUUCCCUUCUUCAGCCUGCUCAUCAAGGACAUCUACUUCCUGAAUGAGGGCUGCGCCAACCGCCUCCCCAAUGGACAUGUCAACUUCGAGAAAUUUCUGGAGCUGGCCAAGCAAGUUGGAGAGUUCAUCACAUGGAAACAAGUGGAGUGUCCCUUCCAGCAAGACCCCAGCAUCACCCACUACCUGCACACCGCCCCCAUCUUCAGCGAGGAUGGUCUUUAUUUGGCUUCUUAUGAAAGUGAGAGCCCAGAGAACCAAACAGAAAAAGAGAGGUGGAAGUCUCUGAGGUCUUCUAUUUUGGGGAAGACGUGA